GCUUGAAAUGUGAAACAGAAGUUGAUGAGUGUAAAUCAUCUCCAUGUCACAACAAUGGAAUGUGUAAAGAUGGCAUUGGGACCUUUGUUUGCGAUUGCCAACCAGGCUAUUCAGGUCUCUUGUGUGAGGAAGAUAUAAAUGAGUGUAGCUCCAGUCCGUGUUUGAACGGAGCCCACUGCGUUGAUGGCAAGAACAGCUACCGCUGCACUUGUUCAAAAGGAUUCACAGGUGCUCACUGUGAAAUGGAGGUCAAUGAAUGCCUUUCAAACCCGUGUCUUAAUAGGGCUAUUUGUGAAGAUCGAGUUGGCAGUUUCGCCUGCAAAUGCCUCCCAGGUUUUACUGGUGUCUUGUGUGAAAGAAACAUCGAUGAGUGUCUCAGCAGACCCUGUAGGAAUGGAGCUACAUGCAGAGAUGGUAUCAACAGCUUCAGGUGUCUGUGUGUGACAGGGUACACUGGACUAAACUGUGAAGUGAACAUCAAUGACUGUGACUCCAGUCCCUGCUUAAACCAUGCCACCUGUGUGGAUGCCUUGAACUCGUACGUUUGUAAAUGUCCCCCUGGCUUUACAGGCAGCAGGUGUGAAACAGAACAGUCCUCUGGUUUCAAUCUUGAUUUUGAAGUCUCUGGUAUCUAUGGAUACGUCAUGCUUGAUGGUGUUUUUCCAUCCCUUGGUGACAUCACAUGUACAUUCUGGAUGAAGUCCACUGACACCACGAACUACGGGACUCCCAUUUCUUAUGCAGUGGAGAAUGGAAGUGAUAAUGCAUUUCUUCUGACUGAUUACAAUGGCUGGGUUCUUUAUGUAAAUGGGAAAGAGAGAAUCACAGACUGUCCUUCAGUGAACGAUGGUAACUGGCAUCACAUUGCAGUCACAUGGACAUGCACGGAUGGGGCAUGGAAAGUGUACAUUGAUGGAAAGCUGUCUGACGGAGGCAGCGGUCUCUCUGUUGGCUCAAAAAUCUCUGGUGGUGGUGCACUUGUACUGGGACAAGAGCAAGAUCAGAAAGGAGAAGGAUUCAACCCAGCUGAAUCUUUUGUGGGCUCCAUCAGCCAGCUCAACAUAUGGGACUAUGUCCUGUCUCCACAGCAGGUAAAAUCUCUGGCUACAUCCUGUCCAGAAGAACUCCAAAAAGGAAAUGUAUUAGCCUGGCCAGAUUUCCUGCCAGGAGUUGUUGGAAGAGUGAAGAUAGAUUACAAGAGUAUAUUUUGUGCUGACUGUCCAUCUUUGCAAGGAUCCAUACCACAUCUGCGGGCCUCUUCUGCUGAUUUAAAGCCAGGGUCAAAAGUGAGCCUUUCCUGUGACCCAGGCUUCCAGAUAGUGGGAAACUCUGUUCAGCACUGCCUUAACCUGGGACAGUGGACACGGCCUUUUCCCCGCUGUGAAAGAAUCAGCUGUGGAGUGCCUCCACCUUUAGAAAAUGGAUUUUAUUCUGCUGAGGACUUUUUUGCUGGCAGUACUGUUACGUAUCACUGCAACAGUGGCUACUAUUUGUUGGGCGAUUCCAGGAUGUUGUGUCUGGACAAAGGGAGCUGGAGCAGCAUUUCACCGUCUUGCCUUGAUGUUGAUGAGUGUGCUGUUGGAUCAGACUGCGAUGAGCAUGCAUCAUGUCUCAACACAAAUGGAUCCUAUGUUUGCACAUGCAUCCCUCCUUACACAGGAGAUGGUAAAAAAUGUGCAGAACCACUGAAGUGCCGUAAUCCAGGAAAUCCAGAGCAUGGCCACUUAUACGGGGACACUUACAGUGUUGGCAGUGAAGUAAGGUUUUCCUGUGAAGAAGGGUUUCAGCUGACAGGAGUAACUAAACUCACAUGCAUGGAGUCUGGAGAGUGGAGCCACCCACUACCAUAUUGUGAAGCUAUAUCCUGUGGUGGUCCAGUUAUUCCAGCGAACAGUGCCAUUAUGGGCUCAGAUUUUACAUACCGCAAUAAGGUGGUGUACAGAUGCAGUGAUGGAUACAAGCUAGUGGGUGAAAAGGAAAUUCUGUGCCUUGCUAGUGGCAUUUGGAGUCAUCCUCCCCCCUCCUGUGAAAUGGUGACUUGUCCUAGCCCACAGGAUAUCAGUAACGGAAAAUACACAAUCACUGGCACAACCUACCUUUCCUCUGUAUCCUACACCUGUGACAAUGGAUACAGGCAUUCCCUUGCAGUCCAGCUGCAGGCAGGGAACUGGAACAGCACACCUCCAGCUUGCAACGUUGUCUCGUGUGGAUCCCCUCCUGCCAUUAAAGAUGCGGUUAUCAAUGGAAAUAACUUUACUUUUGGAAACACGGUCUCUUACACGUGUAAGGAAGG